CUCUUCUGCACGGCACGAAUCCGUUCUUCACCACUGGCUGCGGCUCUCUCAUGCCUGCAUCUCACCGCAAAACCGAACCAUCUUCCACCGAUUCUAGAAUUCCUCAUUCAUUCACCACUGCCACUCCAUCCAUCGGCCUCGCCGUCGGUCACCCCCAUUCACCACCAGCAACUUCAACUCGCCAGAGGUUCUUCUUGUUACUGAGACACCAUCGAGUGUCUUUCUGCUCUCUCCUCUUUCAUUCACCAUGCGCCGACGCAUGGCACUCUCCUUCUGACCCCGGUACCAUUCUGUUCUCCUCGCUUUCUCUCUGCGCCCUCCAUCCACCAUACAGGGUGGUUCGUUUUCGCCCGUCCUAUAUUUAGAUCCUCGCAUUCUCAAUCUCGACUCGGGACAAUCAGCGCGCAACCGUCCAUUCCUUGUCAGAUACCCAGCAUUGAGGGCCUAAUCAAGCGGCCGGUCGGCUUUACUCCCUCUUCGCACGACCUGCGCCCGUCAAGGCCUCUCCCGAAUCUCGUUACCCCCGAAUGAGUCCAAGUCUUCAAUAGCCGCCAUCACCUCUUGUACCACUUAGCCGCCCGCUAUACCCUGGCGCCUCCAACCGCGCAUCCGCCUUCAAAAGAGUCAAGCCGCCUCGUGCCUCUGCCUGGGUCCGCCUGUUGUUGCGCCAUCUGGCCGGUUGGCACGUUUUGUUUUGUUCGGUGGUAGAUGGCAACCCUUACAGCCUCACCACCCAACAUGUCAUCGCCAAUGGCGGCAGCGACGGCGACAGCAAGUCCUCCCUCUCUGACUCCUCUGAUCACCACGACAUCCACUCCGCGGCGGACGAGUUCUCAACGACCUACCUCCUACGUUGAGCGGCGCAUGUCGACCUUUUCUACGAAUUCAAAGGGAUCGCAUCGCCCAUCCUCUCGGCCUACGUCUCAUGUAUUCCCAGCAUUCCAUUCGAGUCUACCUUACACACUCGUCCGCGAUUUCGCGUACCCACCGACCCAUCCUCUACAUUACGGGCCGCCGCCGGAUCAGUCCGGCAUGACGACUCCUGUUAGUGAGACGCGGCGAUUGUCAGACCCAGCGAUUGCGUCUUGGGAAGAUUCUAGGGUGCAUUGGUCGGCGACGCCGCCGUGGAUAUCGGAAACAAGUACAGGGUCGUGGGGACGGGAUCGACUUCCAGCGAUGACCUUCCAGGACGGCGGACCGCCUUACAGCGAGGACGAAGAUAUUCAAUCACCCAUUGUGACUACAAGCCGACACAAAAAACAUAAGUCUAAUGAGCGAGGAAGGUCACCGGGUGCUGCCGGCCCGAAUCGGGGCGUACUGGUUGAGGUUGGUGGUGGUCAUACUGACUAUACUGACGGGCCAGGGGAGGCGGUCGACACGUAUGACAACCACGGGUUACUGUUUCCACAACAUGCUCCAAAUUCGAACUCCAAUUUCGCCAGCCAGUCUCACGGAGGUAGUCGGUCGCCACACAACGCAGAGGAACCAUUUUCUGAAGAGGACUAUUCUGAGGCCGAUGACGACGCGCGCUUCUCCAAAGACUACUCUUUUACCAUUGCCAGUCCGGAUGAGGAGAUGCACGGAAAGGCGGUUGCAUUGUUCGACUUUGAGAGCGAACACCAGAACGAAUUGCCUCUGAAAGAAGGGCAGAUCAUACUGGUCUCUUACCGGCACGGCCAAGGCUGGUUAGUCGCCGAGGAUCCACGAACGGGCGAAAGCGGUCUUGUUCCUGAAGAGUUUGUCCGGUUGGUACGGGACAUCGAGGGCGGUCUUCACGGACUAAACUCGGUGACUUUGGAUGAUGGGAACAAUUUGGACUCGACCAGUCCUAUCUCCACCGACGCCAACAGUUCACUGAACACGCCGGUGCCGGGCAGUCAGGAAGCUGCUCCUCCAUCACAGAACGGUCAUGCGCACAAGCAGAGCAAUAAUGGCCCAGGACCCGGAACCGGAGUCGGGGCCACACUCGAAAAGCAUCCGUCUGUUCAAUCGAAUUUCAGCACCAGCAGUCGCGAUUUCAGUCCUUAUCCUUUACCAGGGAAGACUGAGGAUGUCGGAUCUGCUAGAGCACAACAAAGUGCCGUACAGUCGACCAAGGAGAGAGAAGAAGCCGCCCAAGCGAGGGCCGGCGCAGAUUCAGAUGCAGGCUGAGCCGACUUUUAUUCUUUGCUACUACAGCCCAGCCAAUCUAGCUGGGCGAUGAUUGUUUUUUGGGGAGCGUGAAUGUCACAAAGCACUCACGCGACAAAAGGGAGAUAUGAUAAGACGUUGGGGCCACUCGAACCAAUGUGCUAGACUAGGGACCCUACCCUAUUCUAACUAGGAUCCGGAGGCUUUUUGGUCCGCCAGAUGCGUCUACCCUCCCUCCCCUCCGCCCGCCGCCGGUGAGCCGCAGCUUUACUCCGAUACGAUACAGAUAUUGUAUGGUUGGUAAUGAAAAUGCCCUGUAUGAUCCAAUGUGAUUGAUGAUAUCCGCACGAAAAAUGCGAAGCGAAGCAAACGAAACAAUACAAAGGAAAGCAAAGCAGAACAAUGGGAAGUCCUCAACCGACCAGAUCUACCAUUGAAGUUGUGGUCCACACGUUUCUGAACCCUGGAAAGAAUAUGCGCUUGGGGAGAGAGAUAUCAACUACCUACAUGUAGCAACGAAAGAAGGUCAAGUGGACGGGCACAAGAGAGGCGCGGGCUCUGGAGAAAUGAGAUCACGCUGUUCUAAGGUGUCCACCCUGCGCCCGGUUAUGAUUCGGAUGCGAAUUCUAACUCGAGUUCUGGUGUUGAUAUGGGAAACAAGGAACCUCCUUUCUACAGUUCAUCCAGCGAUCAUCAUGACUAGACGAUCAACUGCAAGAGGACACGAUGGAUCAAUGUCUACCAGGUAGUUGGAGAUUGAAAUGAGAGGCUAAAAUCGGUUUUGGAAGCCCAUGCGUAAGGACAUGGCGGAUCGGAAGUCUACCUUCGAUCGGGAGUGAAUUGAGAGACUGGAGUCGUUAUUAGUAGUACUAAACCCAUGCUAUGCCGGUGCAAAAGGACAUUCCUGCAUCUAGGUACAUGUAUGGGGCAAUUGAAGAGAACCACUUCUGUCCACGACUGUCCAC